GCUAUAUAAGGCGGGCGGGGGCGGCCGGCGCAGCAGAGCGCUGAGGAGGCGGAGGGGCCGCGAUGCCGGGGCUGUGGGAGCGGCUGGCGGGGGGCGAGCGGGGCCGGCUGGAGACAUCCGACUGCGAGUCGCUGGGCAGCGCCUCCGGCUCGGAGGGAGAUGCCGACUAUGCCGAUGGUGCCUCCCUGCCGGACCUGGACCUGCUGCAUGACCCCGAGGAUGAGCUGCUGUGCUCCAACCUGAUGGACCUGGUCCAGGCCACGCUGGGCAGAGCCCCGCUGGGCGCCAAGCGCUGCUCCCGGCUGCUGAUGCCGGCCCAGCUGCUGGUGCAGGUGAGGACGGAGCUGCUGCGCCUGGCCUGCAGCGAGCCCUGCGGGCUGCGCGGGGCCCUCCUGGACCUCUGCGUGGAGCACGGCAAGGCCUGCCACGACGUGGGGCACAUCACCGUGGACCCCGCCGUGGUGCCCACCUUCCAGCUCACCCUGGUGCUGCGGCUGGACUCCCGCCUCUGGCCCAAGAUCCAGGGACUCUUUGCCUCGGGGCCGGCGUUCGCGCCGCUGAAGCUGAGCACGGGCUUCAGGGUCAUCAAGAAGAAGCUGUACAGCUCCGAGCAGCUGCUCAUCGAGGAGUGCUGACGGGAGAAGCGACUUAUCCAAGUGCUUUGGAAGAGUCAGUUAGAGCGUGGCGGCUCCUGGCAGCCGCUGUAGUUUAGGUUAGGCUGGAGUAGGGCUGUAGGUGGAAGUAGUUUGGGCAGGCGGAGGUCCCUGUGGGGCGCCUGCCUGAGCCGGGGCGCCCCCGAUGCGGAGUGGACCGGGACCCAGGUCACUUCACGCUGUCGAUGAUUGUGGGAUGAUUGCAGCGACCACGUCCCCGGACGCGGCAGCGGGGCUGCUGGGGGGGCGGGGGGCAGAUGGUCUCCUGUUGGCUGAUUAAUUAUGUUUUUUUUGUAACAAAGAUUGUAAUCAAUGGGGUUUCUGGGGGGAGGGUGCGUGUGGGAGUGAGUGUUGCUGGGCUGUGGGUCUGGAUCAAAGACAAAAACCCCGCCGCUGGCAGCUGGGCAGCUCUGUUGGGGCUCCCGGUGGGGCUGGGGGGGUCCGAAAUCGCGUUGUCAUUGAUCACGAGAGGCAGGAGCGGUGCGAGAGGGGCCCGCGAGGAGGUGACGCGGAGACAGAGGGCAGGACCCCUCACCGUGACACGCCGUUGGCACUUCAUUGGUUACAGUUGACACUCAUACACUUGAUGUUCAAGUGCAAGAUUUCCUAUGCAAUCGUAUCGGGGUGUGUUUUGUUGGUUUUUUUUUACUUUUCUAAUAAAAGCUGUUUUAAUUGAUAA